UCUGAAACCCUAACAUCAAUGUCAAAUGUAGAAUUAGCUAUGAUCUCAAAGAUACACCAAGAUUUGUGAUUUAGCAUUGUCUGUUACCAUGAACAUACAAAUAAAUGUAUUGAAAAGUCAGCUCCAUAUCUUAUAGUAAUACCUUUGGAUAUCUGAGCACUUCAUAUAUCAAUCCCACUCCAAAAAUAUACACAACAUAUAUACUUCUCUCCCUUGUGCUUCCCCCAUUAUUCUCUCUUCUAAACCCUUUUAUUCUAUAUUGAAAACAACACAAAAAUUCAUGGAGAGGACUGAUAGAGAAACUCAAGACUUGAUGAACGUUGAGUCCUUCUCCCAACUGCCCUUUAUUAGGCCAACACCAACAAAAGAAAAGGCCAUUAGGCUUUUUGGCAAAGAAUUAGGUACUAACCCUAGUCAAGAAGAAACAAAAGGCAGUAAUAAUAUCGGAGAAAACGGCGAAAGCAACCGAAAAUUUGAAUGUCAGUAUUGUAGCAGGAACUUCCCAACUUCACAAGCACUAGGAGGCCAUCAAAAUGCACAUAAAAGAGAACGUCAACAUGCCAAAAGAGCUCAUCUUCAGUAUGCAAAAUUUCAGUAUGGUACUUAUUUUCAUUCACCGAUGAACAAUACUACUAGUGGCUUUUAUGGAAGUCAUGUUAAUAAUGGUAGCUAUUAUUCUCAACAAAGUCGUGGUAUAAAUGGAAGUUAUCUUAAUAAUGGUAGCCAUUAUUCUGAGCAAACUGGUAGACUUAAUGGAAGUCCACUGGCGUUAUGGCGAGUACCUGCAGCUGUUCAUCAUAAUUCUUAUUCUCCUCUUCCUAAUUUUGCUCACCAUGUUAAUGGAGAGUUGAAGCCUUCUCCAACGACUAAUAAUAGCUCGAUUUGUAUAAGCCGAUUUGGGUAUGAAUUGAAGGAAGAAGUUCAUCAAGAUCAUGUGAGUUUAGAUCUACACUUGUAAAGAUUUGCCUACAAAUUUUCUCUAUUCUCUAGUUCAAUAUGCGGGUACACUUUUGUAACUUUUGUUAUUAUCCAUUACAUUAUUUUUCGUAUUAGUAGUACUUAUAGCCUGUUUGGCCAAAUUAUCUCCC